AUGGUCCCACGCCUAGUGCGUACAGUCUACGGGUGGUUGAACUGGAUCUGUUUGUCCCUGCUGCCCUUUGCGUUCGUGUCGAAUCCGCUUGUGCGCCAUUACACGAAUCUCGACACCAUUUCGCGCACUUCUUUCAUGAAUUUGGGUGAAACCGCCGACAUCGUGCAAUGUCCUGCAUUCGAGUCUGGAGUCGUGAAGAUUUUGAGUGGGCGUGCCGACACUUUGACCGAAGUGGACGUCAGUGCUGUUGAGCGAUUGGCUGUUCCAGUGGCCAAUCAAACUGCCGCAACCGAGAUGGCUCAGCCGCCGAUGUCGUCGGUACAGCAUGCGUUGAAGAAGCAGCGGGUCACCCAUGGUGGGUACAUUGACUGUCUUGCGUCCAACCUCCAAUAUGUGCGAGCGAUUCUUCUCGGCGACCAAGCUGGGGAUUGGCGAUCGUCGUUGCUCCAUUACAUUACACCAAAGAACUUUGAGGAGCAAUUCGCAUCUCUGGGGAAUGGAAGACGUCCAUGA